AUGAAUUAUAUUGAUUAAGGCACAGCUCUAUCUAGAAAGGUUCCAAAUAGAAAAUUGUCUAAGAAAAAUUCUUUAUUUUAUCAAGUAGAGUGUUUUUAAAUAUUGUUAGUAAUCAGUAUUUGAGAACGAGGAAUUCAUGUAAAAGUAUGAGAAGAACGUUGAUCAAUUGUAAACAGUAAUAGAAGAGCCUGAAUUGAAAGAAGUGAUUCAAAAUAGAAAUGAGAAGUUUUUUUAGGUAUUGGAACAAAUAAUCAAAGUGGAAUCAUCAAUUAAAGAAUUUGCUAAAGGGUAUUAUAAAAUGUGUAAGUAGAUAUUAAAAAUAUGGAUUUAUUGUAUCUGAUACAGGAAUAACUUAUAGAGAAUGGGCACCAAAUGCUAAAGAAUUAAAAUUGAAUGAAUAUGGUUGUACUACUGACAAUGGUGGAAAUUGGGAAGUGUUUAUUCCAAAAGAUGAUGAUGAUAAUCAUUAAAUAUAACAUGGAAGCAAAUUAAUAACAUAUUGUAAUGAAUUCGAAAGAGCUUCAGUAUGGAGUAAUGUAAAAAAGGGAGAGCAAGCAAUAUUUUGGAAUCCAGACAAUAGGUAUGAAUUUCAAUAAAAACAAUUGUAAUAAAAACAACAAAGUAAAGGUUUGAAAGUGAUAAAACAAAUGAUUACAGAAGUUACAGAAGUAAUUGGUUACAAUACAAUAAUGAUAACAUAAUAAUUAUUGAUGCAACUGGACAUAAAUUAAAUAACACCAGAUAACUUAAAAAAGAAUAUAGAUAUAGUUCAUGAUAAGGGUUUUUCAGUGAUAAUGGAAAUUGAUCAUGAACUAAUUAAAAAUUACUUAAGUAAUUGGGAUGGAAGUGCUUUUCAGUAUUUGAAAGAGGGAAUGGAUCAAUUAGAUUAUGGAAAAUGGGAAGUAUUAAGAUUAUUGUUAUCAAAUAUAUCUUAUUGGAUUACAGAAUAUUAAAUAGAUGGAUUUAAAUUUUCUAAUAUUGAUAUUUAGGAUGAUAUAGAUGCAGCUGUAUACUUAAUGUUAGCAAAUGAUUUGAUCCAUGAUUUAUUACCUAAUGGAAUCAGUAUAAUAUAAGAUUUAGAUUAUCCUGUUCUUUGUAGAACUAUUAAAGAGGGAGGGUUAGGAUUUGAUUUUAGAUUGUCUAAAUUAUAACAUAAACAAUUCUAACCAAAAACAUUAUUUGAAAAUAAUGGAGUGUAUACUUAGGCAUAAAUCUUAAAUGCUCUUGCUAUUGGCUCAGUAUUAAUUAUAUUUAUUGUAGGGGUUGAUAUAAACUGUAAUGGAUGAUAAAAUUGUUUAAUUUGAAUAAUAAUGUGGAUGGUUAGAAGAAGAAUAAACAGAUGUUCAUGAAGUGGAUUAGAUAAUUUAAAUUAAAAGGGGUAAGUUUAUAUUUUUAAUAAAUCAUACUAAUUAAGUAAUUUAUAUCAAUUAUUGUAUAGAAUAGAGAAACUAUUCUCAAUUUUAAAAUUAAAAAGAUUCUGAACAAAGAAGAUUAAAAAUGGGAAUAAUUAGAUGAGAAUACCGUCAAACUAAUAAUUGAGUCAGAGUAGGGAUUGAUAAUCGAAUGAUAACUGAUAACUAAUCUGAAUUUACAGAAAUAUAUA